AUGGAAGAAUCGCCAGCGGAGGAUAAAAGAUUCGGUUUUAUUGAGGACUACGUGUUGAAGACUUUGAAACUGAAAAAGGACAGAUGGCAGAAAUGCAUGUCUACGGAGGACAGCAAGCAAGUUAUUCAGGAGUUUUUAGACAAAACCGACCACAUCACGUUGGUCAUCUCCCUAAAUGCUGCAGGGCUGUUGCUGCCCACUGUCGGAUUUCCAACGACUAGUAAAAAUAAAGCGGUUUACUUCGUCAAACGAAGCAAAAGUCCUUUAACGGCCGAUUCAAUCAAAAGUAAUUUGGUCUAUGGAGAUUUGUCAUACGCUCCGCUUGACCAGUUUUCUGCGCUCGUGGAGGAGGUGGUAGUCCCGUUGCUGUCGAAUGGGAAGAAUCACGGUGACUGGCCGCAGGUGGUGUCCCAUGACGUAAAGCGGCACGUCCACUCCCUGAAGACCAACGUGUUUGUGGUGUCCGGUCAGGUGAAGGGUAAGACCCUACUGCCCCUGCCCCUGGGGGCAGAGAGAGUGGAGCAGGCGGCCCUAGAGAGAGACAAGAGGGGGGACGUGGUGGACAAGAGCGUCAUCCACUCCAUAGAGUCGGUGGUGAUCGAGUGGAGCCACCAGAUCAGCGCGGUCCUGAAGAAGGACUCCUCCGAGGCUCUGCUGGAGGGCAGGAGCCCCACGCCCCACACUGAGCUUCUCUUCUGGAGGAACAGGUAUGCAGACCUGGAGUGCAUCCAUUCCCAGUUCAGGUCGUCCAAGGUGACUAAGAUGGCAGUGUUGUUGGAGGCCAUGGAGAGCAGCUACUGUCCAGCUUUUAACAACAUGCUGCAAGACGUCCUGGCAGCGCUGGAGGAAGCGCAGGACAUCUGCACCUACCUCAGGCCCCUGCAGCGCCACUUUGACGACAUGGAGAACGUGGAGUUCCCCGAGGUCAAAGGUCACAUUGCGCCCCUGAUGCACGCCGUGUGUCUGGUGUGGGCUAACUCUCGCUACUACAACACCCCAGCCCGCCUCAUCGUGUUGCUGCAGGAGACCUGUUACCUGCUCAUCCAGCAGGCCCGGGCCUACCUGAGCCCGGAGGAGCUUCUGAAGGGUGAGGUGUCAGAGAGUCUGCUGAAGGUCCAGACCACCCUGGAGGUUCUGCAGCUGUUCAGACACACCUACGAGGAGCAGCGGGCCGGGCUGGACCGGUACCGGAGAGACGGGAGGGAGGUCCGGCCCUGGGACUUCUCUCCCCUCAUGGUGUUCGCUGGGCUGGACCGCUUCCUGGAACGGCUCCGGACCAUUGAGGAGGUCCUCCUGACGGCGGUGGACCUGCUGAAGCUGGAGAAGGUGGAGUUCGGGGGGGUCAGAGGUCGCUCCCUCAGCCAGCAGGUCCAGUGGCUCCACCAGGACUUCCUGGACACCUACAAGGUGUUCACAGAGAAGCCCUACGACUGCCUGGACGUAACCAACAAGGAGCUGGAGGCGGACGUGAGGGCGUUCAGGCUGAAGGUGGAGGACAGUGACCGGCGGCUGGGGUCCACGUUCUGUCAGGCCUUCGAUGAUGCUUCCGGACUGGAGAGCGCCUUUAAGGUCCUGGACAUGUUUGGCAGCCUGUUGGAGCGCCCUCUGGUGGCUGCAGACGCUCAAGACAGGUACCCUCUCCUGAUCAGCAUGUUUGACCAGGAGCUGGACUGCAGCAGGGCGCUCUUCAACAGACACACGCAGGCUGUGGAGGAGCAGGGCUUGACUCCUGUGAAUAAAAACAUGCCAGCGGUAGCGGGGGGGCUGAGGUGGGCCCGGCAGCUUCAGCAGCGCAUCCAGACGCCCUUCUCCAAGUUCAGACACGUAUCUCACCCGUGCCUGGAGUCUGCAGACGGACGCAGGGCCAUCCAGAAGUACGAGGAGAUGAUCCUGCUACUGGACAGGUACUCCCGGGGUCUGUACGAGGCGUGGACGAACGCGGUGGCCGAGCAGUCUCAGUUCAACCUCAACCUGGCCCUGCUCAGCAGGGAGCCCUCCACACGCCUCCUCUCCGUCAACUUCAGCCCCCAGCUGGUGUCAGUGCUGAGGGAGGUGAGGUAUCUGGAGGCCCUGCAGACUGAGGUCAUCCCUGACACUGCAGCGCUGCUCUACACCACCAGGGGGCAGCUGUGGCAGUACCUGGCCAACCUGGAGCUCACAGUAGGGAGCUACAACAAGGUGGUGCGCUCCGUGCUGGAGGUGGAGUACCCUCUGAUCCGGAGUCAGCUGGCUGACAUCGACGCUCGUCUCCGAGAAGCCGAGGAGGACAUCAGCUGGAACAGCCAAGGGAUCUGGGAGUACAUCCAGGAGGUGAGGGACGCUGUGUGUGACCUGCAGCAGCGUCUCCAGAGGACCAAGAGCCAGGUGGAGGAGAUCCAGGCCUGCAGCAGGAGCUGGUGCAGCCCCCUGCUGGAGCGCCGCGAGGGCCGCAGGGACGCCCUGCUGGCCCUGGAGGAGCGCGCCGACCGGCUGGAGCGCUGCCACGCCCACAUACGCUCCUCCGGGGACAAGAUGCACUUCCUGUUGAAGAGCAACCUGGAGCUGUUCAGAGCAGAUGUGUCAUCGGAGGACUGGAAGGUCUACGUGGAGUAUAUCGAUGACAUGGUCGUAGACGGCUUCUUCAACAGCGUUGAAUGCUCCCUCAAGUUCUUCCUGGAGAACACAGACCCCAGAGCAGGUGUAGCUCCCCUGUUUGAGGUCCAGUUGGAUCUGCAUGUUCCUGACAUGGUGUUCAAGCCGUCCCUGGAGUUUGGCUGUGGUGACGGCUUCUACGACCUGGUGGAGAGUCUGGUGAACGACACGUACCGGACCUCCUCCCUGGUGCCUCGCCUGGCCCAGCACAGCCCGUUCCCUCACUACCAGGCCGACAUAGAGGACAUGGCCGACCUGGCAGACAUGCGUCAGCUUCUCAUGGAACGCGUCCAGGGCGUCAUGGCAACCUGCUGCGAGUUCCGGAACACUCUGGAGCGCUACGCGUACCUCUACGUCGACGACAGGAAGGAGGUCAUGCGCCAGUUCCUGUUGUACGGCCACAUUUUGACCAAUCAGGAGAUCGAGGGACAAGCUGAGGGGGGGGUCAUAGAGAGACCCCCCACACUGGACACCUACCGAGAACAAGUGGAUGGGUAUGAGAGGAUCUACGAGGAGGUGCAGGCUCUGGAGCCCGUGUGUGUGUUCCAGGGCUGGAUGAGGGUGGACGGACGAGCGUUCAAGAGCGCCCUGUUGAACAUCGUGAAGAAGUGGAGCUUCAUGUUCAAGCAGCACCUCAUAGACCACGUCACAAACAGCCUGUCAGACCUGGAGGAGUUCAUCUCGGUGGCGGAGGCGGGCCUGGGCCGCAGGGUGGAGGAGGGGGACUACGCUGGCCUGGUGGGGGUCAUGGGUCAGCUGCUGGCCGUGAAGGAGCGCCAGGCCUCCACGGACGCCAUGUUUGAGCCCCUGCAGCACACCAUCGCCCUGCUGAAGACCUACGAGCAGGAGCUGCCAGACACCGUCUACAAACAGCUGGAGGAGCUGCCAGAGAAGUGGACCAACGUGAAGAAGCAGGCGGUGCUUGUGAAGCAGCAGGUGGCUCCGCUGCAGGCCAGCGAGGUGGCCGGCCUGCGCAGGAAAUGUGCCUCCUUCGACGUGGAGCAGCACGCCUUCAGAGAACACUUCCGCAAACACGGGCCGUUCAGGUUUGACAGUGAGCAUCCCUACCAGAUGCUGGAUUCGUCCCACAGACAGAUCCAGGAGAAAGAGGGUGUCAUGGCCGCACUGGUGGAGUCCGCCAGCCUGUUUGAGGUCACCGUGCCUGACUACAGACAGCUGAGACAGUGCAGGCGGGAGGUGCAGCUGCUGAAGGAGCUCUGGGACAUGAUCUCGGCCGUGAACUCCAGCAUGGCCGCCUGGAGGACCACACCCUGGAGGGACAUCAACGUGGAGGACAUGGAGACGGAGUGCAAACACUUCUCGAAAGACAUCCGAGGCCUGGAUAAGGAGGUCCGGGCCUGGGAGGCCUUCUCCGGUCUGGACAGCCAGGUGAAGAACCUGCUGGUGUCGCUGCGGGCCGUGGCGGAGCUCCAGAACCCGGCCAUACGACCCAGACACUGGCACCAGCUCAUGUCUGCCACGGGGGUUCGCUUCACCAUGGACCAGGACACCACCUUGGCUGACCUCCUGGAGCUGAACCUCCACUGCUUUGAGGAGGAGGUGAGGGGGAUUGUGGACAAGGCUGUCAAGGAGAUGGGCAUGGAGAAGGUCCUGUCAGAGCUCAACUCCACCUGGACAGGGAUGCAGUUCCAGUACGAGCCUCACCACCGCACCCAGGUCCCCCUGCUGCGCUCCGACGAGGAGCUGAUUGAGACCCUGGAGGACAACCAGGUCCAGCUGCAGAACCUCAUGUCCUCCAAGUACAUCGCCCACUUCCUGGAGGAGGUGUCGUCGUGGCAACGCAAGCUGUCGGUGGCGGACUCGGUGAUCUCCAUGUGGCUGGAGGUGCAGAGGACCUGGUCCCACCUGGAGAGCAUCUUCAUCGGGUCGGAAGACAUCCGCUCCCAGCUGCCUGAGGACUCCAAGCGCUUCGAGGGGAUUGAUGCAGAUUUCAAAGAGCUGGCGAACGCAGCCCACGAGACACCCAACGUGGUGGAGGCCACCAGCAAGCCGGGCCUGCUCGGCAGGCUGGAGGACGCCCAGGGCAGACUGUCCCUGUGUGAGAAGGCCCUGGCAGAGUACCUGGACACCAAGCGACUGGCCUUCCCCAGGUUCUACUUCAUCUCCUCAGCAGACCUGCUGGACAUCCUGUCCAACGGGACCAACCCCCACCAGGUCCAGAAGCACCUCUCCAAGCUGUUUGACAACAUGGCCAGGAUGGAGUUUGAGCUGGACGCAGAGGGCAGCGCCACCAAGACAGGCUUGGGCAUGUACAGCAAGGAGGACGAGUAUGUCCCCUUCAACCUGCCCUGCGACUGCACUGGUCAGGUUGAGGUGUGGUUGAACCGCAUUCUGGACAUCAUGAGGUCGACGGUUCGCCAUGAGAUGACCGAGGCGGUCAUGGCGUACGAGGACAAACCGAGGGAACAGUGGCUGUUUGACUACCCUGCUCAGGUGGCUCUCACCUGCACCCAGAUCUGGUGGACCCUGGACGUGGGCAUGGCGUUCUCGCGCCUGGAGGAGGGCUACGAGAACGCCAUGAAGGACUACUACAAGAAGCAGGUGGCGCAGCUCAACACCCUCAUCUCCAUGCUGAUUGGACAGCUGUCGCCGGGCGACCGGCAGAAGGUCAUGACCAUCUGCACCAUCGACGUGCACGCCAGGGACGUGGUGGCCAAGAUCAUCGCUCAGAAGGUGGAGAGCUCCCAGGCGUUUGUGUGGCUGUCUCAGCUGCGUCACCGCUGGGGAGAGACAGAGAAGCACUGCUUCACCAACAUCUGCGACGCCCAGUUCCUCUACUCCUACGAGUACCUCGGAAACACCCCACGACUGGUCAUCACGCCUCUGACUGACAGAUGUUACAUCACCCUGACCCAGUCUCUCCACCUGACAAUGAGUGGGGCUCCAGCCGGCCCAGCCGGUACUGGGAAGACUGAGACCACCAAGGACCUAGGCCGAGCGCUCGGCAUUAUGGUCUACGUGUUCAACUGCUCCGAGCAGAUGGACUACAAGUCGUGUGGGAACAUCUAUAAGGGCCUGGCUCAGACAGGGGCGUGGGGCUGCUUCGACGAGUUCAACAGGAUCUCAGUGGAGGUGCUCUCCGUUGUCGCUGUUCAGGUGAAGAGCAUCCAGGAUGCCAUCCGGGACAAGAAGAAGAGGUUUAACUUCAUGGGCGAGGAGGUUAACCUGUUCCCCUCCGUGGGAAUCUUCAUCACCAUGAACCCCGGCUAUGCUGGACGCACCGAGCUGCCAGAGAACCUCAAGGCCCUCUUCAGGCCGUGUGCCAUGGUGGUGCCAGACUUUGAGCUGAUCUGUGAGAUCAUGCUGGUGGCGGAGGGCUUCCUAGACGCCCGGGUCCUGGCCAGGAAGUUCAUCACCCUCUACACGCUGUGUAAAGAGCUGCUGUCCAAACAGGACCACUACGACUGGGGCCUGCGCGCCAUCAAGUCCGUGCUGGUGGUGGCCGGCUCCCUGAAGAGAGGGGACCCGGGCCGGCCGGAGGACCAGGUCCUGAUGAGGGCCCUGAGGGACUUCAACGUCCCCAAGAUCGUGACGGAUGACAUGCCCGUGUUCACGGGGCUGAUCGGGGACCUGUUCCCGGCCCUGGACGUGCCCCGGAAGAGGGACCUGGACUUUGAAAAGGUCGUCAGAGAGUCUGUCCUGGACCUGAAACUUCAGGCGGAGGACAACUUUGUGCUCAAGGUGGUGCAGCUGGAGGAGUUGUUGGCAGUGCGCCACUCUGUGUUUGUGGUGGGUAACGCCGGCACGGGGAAGAGUCAGGUGAUGAGGUCACUCCAGAGGACCUAUCAGAACAUGAAGCGCCGGCCUGUGUGGGCGGAUCUUAACCCCAAGGCCGUGACCAAUGAUGAGCUGUUUGGGAUCAUCAACCCGGCAACCAGGGAGUGGAAGGACGGGUUGUUCUCCAACAUCAUGCGUGAGCUGGCCAACCUGAGCCACACUGGGCCCAAGUGGAUCGUUCUGGAUGGAGACAUAGACCCCAUGUGGAUCGAGUCUCUCAACACUGUCAUGGACGACAACAAGGUGCUGACUCUGGCCAGUAAUGAGCGCAUCCCUCUGAACCCCACCAUGAGGUUGGUGUUUGAGAUCAGUCACCUUCGCACGGCCACCCCCGCCACAGUGUCCAGAGCAGGCAUCCUGUACAUAAACCCAGCAGACCUGGGAUGGAACCCACCCGUGUCCAGUUGGAUCGACAGGAGGGAGGUCCAAUCAGAGAAGGCCAACCUGACUAUCCUGUUUGACAAGUACCUUCCCUCAUGCCUGGACACCUUCAGGUCAAGGUUCAAGAAGAUCCUGCCCAUCCCAGAGCAGAGCGUGGUCCAGAUGUUGUGCCACCUGCUGGAGAGCCUGCUGACCCCGGAGAACACGCCUCCAGACUGCCCUAAAGACCUGUACGAGCUCUUCUUCGUCUUCGCUGCCGUCUGGGCGUUCGGAGGAGCCCUGUUCCAGGACCAGGGGGUCUUCGCUGUUGUGCUUUGCCGUAUCAACCGUAUCCUGGAGUCUCCCCGUGGCAACGCCCUAUUGGUUGGCGUGGGCGGGAGUGGCAAGCAGAGCUUAACCCGAUUGGCUGCCUUCAUCUCCAACCUGGAGGUGUUCCAGAUUACCCUGAGGAAGGGCUACGGUAUCCCAGACCUCAAGAGUGACCUGGCGUCUCUCUACAUCAGAGCAGGUGUGAAGAACAUCGGCACGGUGCUGCUGAUGACCGACGCCCAGGUGGCUGACGAGAAGUUCCUGGUUCUGGUCAACGAUCUCUUGGCUUCCGGUGAAAUCCCCGAUCUCUUCGCUGACGACGAGGCGGAGAGCAUCGUCGGAGGCGUGCGGGGCGAGGUGCGGGCGUCCGGCUCGAUGGACACGCGCGAGAACUGCUGGAAAUUCUUCAUCGACCGGGUCCGACGGCAGCUCAAGGUGGCCCUGUGUUUCUCCCCGGUGGGCAGCAGACUGAGGGUGCGCAGCAGGAAGUUUCCAGCCGUGGUCAACUGCACGGCCAUCGACUGGUUCCAUGAGUGGCCACAGGAGGCGCUGGAGUCAGUCAGCCUCACCUUCCUGCAGGAGCUGGACAACAUUGAGCCUGAGCUGAAGCAGUCUGUGAGCAAGUUCAUGGCAUUCGUCCACGUCAGUGUCAAUCAAGCGUCCAAGGACUACCUGGCCAAUGAAAGGCGCUACAACUACACCACGCCCAAGUCGUUCCUGGAGCAGAUCAAGCUGUUCGGAGCUCUUCUGGGCAGGAAGAGCAGAGACCUCACCUCCAAGAUGGAGAGACUGGAGAACGGCCUGGAGAAACUCAACAGCACCUCUGCCCAGGUGGACGACUUGAAGGCCAAACUGGCCGCCCAGGAGGUGGAGCUGAAGCAGAAGAACAAUGACGCAGACCAGCUGAUCCAGGUGGUUGGCGUGGAGACGGAGAAGGUGUCGAAGGAGAAGGCGGUGGCGGACGAGGAGGAGAGGAAGGUGGCGUCCUUUGCUGUGGUGGUGACGGGGAAACAGAGAGACUGUGAGGAGGAUCUGGCCAAGGCUGAGCCGGCCCUCAUCGCUGCACAGGACGCCCUCAACACCCUCAACAAGAACAAUCUGACGGAGCUGAAGUCCUUUGGCUCCCCCGUGGUCGCUGUGACCAACGUGACCGCCGCGGUCAUGGUUCUGAUGGCCCCUGGAGGGCGGGUGCCCAAGGACCGCAGCUGGAAGGCUGCCAAGGUGAUGAUGGCCAAGGUGGACGCCUUCCUAGACGCCCUGGUCCACUUCAACAAGGAGAACAUUCCGGAAGCCUGUCUGAAGGCCAUCCAGCCAUACCUGCAGGACCCAGAGUUCCAGCCCGACCUGGUGGCCUCUAAGUCGUUGGCGGCUGCCGGUCUCUGCUCCUGGGUCCUAAACAUCGUCAAGUUCUACCAGGUGUUCUGUGAGGUGGAGCCCAAGAGACAAGCUCUGAGCAAGGCCAACACAGAGCUGGCCGCUGCCCAGGACAAGCUCUCCGUCAUCAAGUCCAAGAUCAAUCUCCUUAAUGAGAACCUGGCCAAGCUGACAGCCAGAUUUGAGAAAGCCACCGCCGACAAACUCAGGUGCCAGCAGGACGCCGAGUCCACCGCUCGCACCAUCUCCCUCGCCAACCGCCUGGUGGGGGGCCUGGCGUCCGAGAACGUGCGCUGGGCCGAGGCGGUGGACAGCUUCAGGAGCCAGGAGAGGACCAUGUGUGGAGACGUCCUCCUCAUCACCGCCUUCGUCUCCUACCUGGGCUACUUCACCCGACGCUACCGGCUGCAGCUCAUGGACCACACCUGGAGGCCCUACCUCAGCCAGCUGCAGGUGCCCAUCCCCGUGACCCCUGACCUGGACCCCCUCACCAUGCUGACGGACGACGCCGAUGUGGCGGCCUGGCAGAACGAGGGCCUGCCCGCCGACAGGAUGUCCACGGAGAACGCCACCAUCCUCACUUCCUGCCAGCGCUGCCCGCUCAUGGUGGACCCCCAGCUGCAGGGCAUCAUGAUCAAGAACAGAUACGGGGAAGGACUCCGCAUCAUCCGCAUCGGGCAGAGAGGCUACCUGGACUCUAUAGAGCGGGCUCUGGCAGAGGGGGACGUGGUUCUUAUAGAGAACCUAGAGGAGACAGUGGACCCGGUUCUGGGGCCUCUACUGGGCCGGGAGACCAUCAAGAAGGGCAGGUACAUCAAGAUAGGGGAUAAGGAGUGCGAGUACAACCCCAGCUUCCAGCUGAUCCUGCACACCAAGCUGGCCAGCCCCCACUACCAGCCCGAGCUGCAGGCCCAGUGCACCCUCACCAACUUCACCGUGACCCGGGACGGCCUGGAGGAGCAGCUGCUGGCCAGCGUGGUCAGCAUGGAGAGGCCCGACCUGGAGGAGCUCAAGUCCAACCUGACGAAGCAGCAGAACGGUUUCAAGAUCACUCUGAAGACCCUGGAGGACAACCUGCUGUCUCGCCUGUCCUCCGCCUCGGGAGACUUCCUGGGAGACACGGAGCUGGUGGAGAACCUGGAGGUCACCAAGCGCACGGCCGCCGAGAUAGAGGAGAAGGUGAAGGAAGCCAAGGUGACGGAGGCCCAGAUCAACGAGGCCCGUGAGCACUACCGGCCUGCCGCCGGCCGAGCCUCCCUGCUCUACUUCAUCAUGAACGACCUGAACAAGAUCCACCCCAUGUACCAGUUCUCCCUCAAGGCGUUCAGCGUGGUGUUCCAGCAGGCGGUUCUGAGGGCCCGCCCGGAGGAAGUCCUGCACGCCAGGGUGGCCAGUCUGACCGACAGCAUCACCUCCUCCGUCUUCAACUACACCACCAGGGGCCUGUUCGAGUGCGACAAGCUCACCUACAUAGCCCAGCUCGUCUUCCAGAUCCUGCUAAUGAACAAGGAGAUCAACCCAGCAGAGCUGGACUUUCUGCUGAGAUAUCCUGUCCAACCAGGGGCCACCUCGCCGGUGGACUUCCUGUCCAACCACUCCUGGGGCGGGAUCAAGUCUCUGUGUUCCAUGGAAGAGUUCCGGAACCUGGACCGAGACAUUGAGGUCGCCAAGCGCUGGAAGAAGUUUGUGGAGUCGGAGGUCCCUGAGAAGGAGAAGUUUCCUCAGGAGUGGAAGAACAAGUCGUCCCUGCAGAGGCUCUGCAUGAUGAGGGCCCUGAGGCCCGACCGCAUGACCUAUGCCGUCAGAGACUUUGUGGAGGAGAAACUGGGGAGCAGGUACGUGAUUGGCCGAUCAGUCGACUUUGCCGUCUCGUUUGAGGAAUCUGGCCCGGCCACGCCCAUGUUCUUCAUCCUGUCUCCUGGUGUCGACCCUCUGAAGGACGUAGAGAAGCAUGACUCCAAAACCAACUUAUAUGACAUCUCGAACAUCCACCUGGUGGCUCGCUGGCUGGGCUCUCUGGAGAAGCGGCUGGAUCAGCAGGCGGAGGGCAGCCACCCCGGCCUGCGGGUGUUCGUCAGCGCCGAGGCGGCCUCCACGCCCGAGGGCCACAUCAUCCCGCAGGGCAUCCUGGAGAACGCCAUCAAGAUCACCAACGAGCCCCCCACGGGCAUGCACGCCAACCUGCACAAGGCCCUGGACAACUUCACCCAGGACACGCUGGAGAUGUGCGCCCGGGAGAACGAGUUCAAGGCCAUCCUGUUCUCGCUGUGCUACUUCCACGCCGUGGUGGCCGAGAGGCGGAAGUUCGGCGCGCAGGGCUGGAACCGCUCCUACCCCUUCAACACGGGAGACCUCACCAUCUCCGUCAACGUGCUCUACAACUACCUGGAGGCCAACCCCAAGGUGCCGUACGACGACCUGCGUUACCUGUUUGGGGAGAUCAUGUACGGAGGUCACAUCACCGACGACUGGGACCGCCGUCUGUGCCGGACCUACCUGGAGGAGUUCAUCAGGCCAGAGAUGAUGGAGGGAGAACACUGCUUGGCCCCCGGCUUCCCCCUGCCCGGAAACAUGGACUACAACAGCUACCACCAGUACAUCGAUGACACGCUUCCUGCCGAGUCGCCCUACCUGUAUGGGCUCCACCCCAACGCGGAGAUCGGCUUCCUGACGCAGACGUCUGAGACGCUGUUCCGCACCGUGCUGGAGAUGCAGCCCCGAGACGGGGCGGGGGCCGAGGGAGGAGGCACCACCCGCGAGGAGAAGGUGCGUGCGGUCCUGGAGGAGAUCCUGGAGAAGCUUCCGGAGGAGUUCAACAUGGCGGAGCUGCUGGGGAAGGCGGAGGAGAGGACCCCCUACCAGGUGGUGGCGCUGCAGGAGUGUGAGAGGAUGAACCUGCUCACCCAGGAGCUCCGGCGCUCCCUCCGCGAGCUCAGCCUUGGACUCAAGGGAGAGCUGACGAUGACCAGCGACAUGGAGAGCCUCCAGAACGCCAUCUUCCUGGACGUGGUUCCGGAGGGCUGGACGAAGCGUGCCUACCCCUCCAUGUGUGGCCUGGUCCUGUGGUUCACCGACCUGCUGGGCCGCAUCAAGGAGCUGGAGGCCUGGGUGGCCGACUUCUCCCUGCCUUCGGCCGUGUGGCUGGCCGGCUUCUUCAACCCCCAGUCCUUCCUCACCGCCAUCAUGCAGGCCACGGCCCGCAGGAACGAGUGGCCGCUGGACAGGAUGUGCCUGCAGUGUGACGUCACCAAGAGGAGCCGCGAGGAUGUGGCCUCGCCGCCCAGGGAGGGGGCGUUCGUGUACGGCCUCUAUAUGGAGGGGGCGCGCUGGGACACGCAGGCUGGUCUCAUGGUGGACGCCCGUCUGAAGGAGCUGACUCCCAGCAUGCCUGUGAUCUUCAUCAAGGCCGUCCCGGUGGACAAGCAGGAAGUGAGGAGCGUCUACCAGUGUCCCGUCUACAAGACCCGCCAGAGAGGCCCCACCUACAUCUGGACCUUCAACCUCAAGACCAAAGACAUGCCCUCCAAGUGGACCCUGGCUGGGGUGGCACUGCUGCUGCAGAUCUAGGAUCAGUUAUUAAAGCAGAGCUGGGUUAAGGGUGCUGCUGCUACAGCAGAUCUAGGAUCAGUUAUUAAAGCAGAGCUGGGUUAGGGUUAGGGUGCUGCUACAGCAGAUCUAGGAUCAGUUAUUAAAGCAGAGCUGGGUUAGGGUUAGGGUGCUGCUACAGCAGAUCUGGGGUCAGUUAUUAAAGCAGAGCUGGGUUAGGGUUAGGGUGCUACUACAGCAGAUCUGGGGUCAGUUACUGCAGGAGAACAGGAUUAGGUGACGGAUGCGUGGUAAAAACAGGGUUGUGGGUUAGACGCCAGAAAAGCCAGCACAAUGUGCGAAUGUGUGUUGACGUCACAGUCAGCCCGCGAUGCUGAAUGUAACUGUGAGUCACUUUCUAGGGGGAUUUACAUCCGCCAGUAAAGUCAGGAGGUGGGUGGAAAUUAGCAUAGCCGAUAGACAGUAACCAGCCUCACUUAACUCUGUGGUUGCCUUGGUAGGAGAUGAGAGUACAGAGAUUCAUGCAGACCAUAGUGUCUCUAAGAUAAGGGCUUGCAAGUUAGUCUAAGGUACUUCUUGGUCUCUGGGUCCUAUAUACAGAACAGAAGUCGAAACUCUUUGUAUGGGAGUUUUUCAACACGAAAUAAGAUUACGUUUCGUUCACUUUCUAAUCGGCACAAUCACAGCUGCACAAGUUCCUUUUUUUAUCUACCUUUAUUCUAUUAUGUGAUGAAUGCAUUUGGUUUCGUAUCGCUUUUUCUACUUCCUGUAUGAUUUUUGAAG